AGGCGUUGUACCGCUGAUACGGUGCCAUUUCAAAAAACUUAGCCCUCCACUUUUCCUCAUCAUCUCUUCAUCAUUUUCUCUCAAACAAGUGAUCCUCCUUCCCUAUAUAUAUACACAGUUGAAGUUGAAGUGGGGUGGGGUGGUGUAAAGGUGGAGAAUCCAAGGAUCAACAACGAUCGAAGUUUCAGUUUCAGGUUUCUUGAAACGAUAACGAGAGUUCAAAUCUCUCAAAGAGGGGGGGUGUGUUGGGGUGGGGGUGUGGGCUAAGUUAUGCGUGCAGGAGCUUGUCCAUCGCAACAGACGCUCUCGGCGGAGGCUGCUUCCGUUCUGAAGCACUCUCUUAGCUUGGCCAGGCGGCGCGGCCACGCACAGGUCACUCCACUGCAUGUUGCCGCCACUUUGCUCAGUUCAAGAACCAGUCUUCUCAGAAGGGCUUGUCUCAAAUCCCAACCUCAUCAGCCUUCUCAUCCUCUUCAAUGCAGAGCUCUUGAGCUUUGCUUCAACGUCGCUCUUAACCGCCUGCCUGCCACCCCUGGGCCCCUCCUCCACGCUCAGCCAUCUUUGUCUAAUGCUCUCGUCGCUGCGCUCAAGAGGGCGCAAGCCCAUCAGAGGAGAGGCUCCAUAGAACAGCAGCAGCAGCAGCAGCAGCAGCCUCUCAUAGCUAUAAAAGUUGAGUUGGAGCAGCUGAUCUUGUCCAUCUUGGAUGACCCUAGUGUUAGUAGGGUUAUGAGGGAGGCUGGUUUCUCCAGCACUGCUGUCAAGAACAACUUGGAGGAUUCUACCAACUCAGUUUCUUCUGUUUUCCAGUGUUAUAAUUAUACCUCUGGUGGGAUUUACUCUACUCCUAGUUCUCCUCCAACUGAAACUCAGAGGGAGGUUUUAAACCCUAGUAGUGGUUUCUGGCAUUCCCACUUGCUCUCAUACGCUUCCGAGCAAAACCCUUUUCUCUUUUCCCCUCAGAAGAAGCCUGUAAGCAACCCCAUCUCUGAUGCUUAUUCCUCUUUGAAGGAAGAUAUCAAGGUGGUUUUGGAGGUUUUGCUGAGGAAGAAGAGAAAAAAUACUGUCAUAGUUGGUGAUUCCUUGUCCAUGGCUGAAGGGCUUGUGGAAGAAGUGAUGAGAAAGGUGGAGAGAGGAGAUGUUCCUGAGGAGUUGAAAUCAGCACACUGGAUCAAGUUUCAGUUCUCAUCAGUCCCCCUAAGGUUCAUGAAGACAGAAGAAGUGGAAAUGAAUAUUGCUGACCUCAAAAGGAAGGUGGAUUCUUUUGCAUCAGGUGGCCGGGGAGUCAUUAUAUACACAGGUGACUUGAAGUGGGCAGUUGACAGUGGUAACGAUGAGAAAGAAGAAGGUUUGUCUACUGGUAAAGAAGGCUGUUUUUAUAGCCCAGUUGAUCAUUUUAUUGCAGAGAUGGGAAAGUUGCUUUCUUGGUAUAACAGCUCAAACUCAAGGGUAUGGUUAAUGGCUACAGCAAAUUAUCAGACUUAUAUGAAAUCUCAGAUGAAACAACCCCCUCUGGAUGUUCAAUGGACUCUUCAAGCGGUGUCUGUUCCAUCUGGUGGACUGGGGUUGAGCCUCAAUGCAACAAGUGUCCAAGAAUCAAGAAUUAACUUUUCACAAAAUCAAUCUCAAGUUUUGGACAACAAGCCAUUUAGUGUCAAGGAGGAACAAGAUGUUCUCACUUGUUGUCCGGAAUGCACAUCCAAUUAUGAGAAAGAAGCUGGCUUGAAAUCAAUCCAGCAGAAAUCUUUUUUACUGAACUCAACCAACAAGGAUUCAGAGAAUGGUUCAGCCCAAUUGCCCUUCUGGCUCAAACCCCAUGGCGUUGAGGCUCAAGUGAAGGAUGAUUUAGUUCAGUUGAGGAGAAAAUACAACAAAUUGUGCCAGAGUCUUCACCAAGGAAGCCAUAAUCCGAACAAUUCCAGCUCUGUGAUUAGUAAUCAAUGCCAUAUAGGGAGGAACUAUAACUAUACUUCAUCCUUUCCCUAUUGGCCAAACAAGAGCAGCAUCUUUGCUGAUGCUGAGACAAUUUCAUUUGCUAAUCAUACUGCAGUCAAGUCUAAUCAAACUCCAAGCUCUCUGCCCAAAUUCAGAAGGCAGCAGUCAUGCCAUAUCGAGUUCAGUUUCAGCAACGGAAGUUCCAAAUAUCAAUCAGUGGGACCAAAUUUAGAUUCUCUCAAAAGCAUUGAUGAUAAGGAAGUAAAGAUUACGCUUGCUCUUGGAAAUUCAGCAUAUUCUGAUGAACUCAUAAGUGAGAGAAGUGCAUUAGAUGCAGAUUUGUGUGGCAUAUUUCAAGAAAAUGUGCCAUGGCAAUCUGAAACAAUUCCUUUGAUUGUUGAUGCGUUGAUGGACUCUAAUGUGACCAAUCAAGAUAAGUUUAUAUUGAUUCAGGGGAAUGACCUGGUAGCAAAGAGAAGAUUAGCUGUUGGAAUUGCAAAAUCCAUGUUUGGUUCUUCUGAGUUGCUCUUUUGCAUGAACAUGAGAAAGAAUAAAAGUACGGUAUGUCAGAAUCGUGACAUGCUGGAGAAGGCCUUGAGAAAUCAUGAAAAGCUUGUCAUUCUAGUUGAAGAUGUUGAUUUUGCUGAUCCCGAAUUAGCUAAAUUUCUUGCUGAUGGUUAUGAAACUGGAAAAUUGGGAACAUUGAGAGAUACUAGCCAUACAAUAUUCAUCUUAACUAUGAAUGGAGAUCCAAGCUACAACAAGGCAAAGGAAAACAAGGAUUCUGUAAUCCAGAUGAAACUAGUUAUCAGUGAGUCCAGACUUGAUUCUGGGACGGCUAAUCCUGAUCAUAAGCGCAAAGCAGAUUGGGGUUUGUCAAUCAGGAGCAAGAAUCAGAGGAACAAUAAUGAGAUGGAAGAGGUCUCCUCGGAUGCUGCUGACAAUAGGAAACAGCUACAAUUCACAAGGCAGUCAAGCUCAAAUGCCCUCGACCUCAACAUCAGGGCCGAUGAGGAUGAAGGGAAGGAAGGCAAACAGGGAGAGUUCAGCCCCAUUUCAAGUGACUUGACUCGUGAAACGACUACUGAACAACAGAAUUCCUUAAGGUUCCUCGAAAAGAUCAAGAAUUGCUUUGUUCUCAAUAGAAAUUCGGAUCAAGAGGAGCAUGCAAGAGAGAUGUUCUUGUCCAAAUUCAAAAGAUCCUUUGAGGAGGUUAGUGGAAAUAGAAACAUAAGUAGCUUCAAUGUUGAGGAGUUGGUGUUAGAGGAAAUUUUACAGGGGUCGGGGUUACAUCUCAAUAGCUUGUUUGAACAGUGGCUGAAAGAAGUUUUUCAGACAAGUUUACGGAUGGUAGAUACUGGUGAGAGGGAGAAGGUUAGUAUUAGGCUGUGUUCGAGAGAAAAAGGAGAGAGUUCUCCAGAAGCUGGGUUCUUGGGCACAUGUCUUCCCACAAGGAUCCAAGUUUCUUUGACAGGUUAAAAGAAGUUGUAACAUAUUCCUCUUUUCUUGGGUUGUAAUUAAUGGUUUCUAAUACUAUGUCUGGUUUGUUUUCCAUCAG